AUGGCUUCUUCAUUACAGAAAUAUCCCUCAGGAUUUCUAGCCUUGCUUUUCUUAGCAUCCUCGUUUCUUCCAAUGCACGUUUCCAAUUCCACGCCACCACACUGUCACAACGACGAGAGCUUUGCGUUGCUGCAGUUCAACCAAAGCUUUGUCCUUGACAGGUCAGCUUCAUUUGAUCCUUCUUCUUACCCAAAAGUAAUAUCAUGGAAUCAACGUGGAGACUGCUGCUUAUGGGACGGUAUUGAGUGUGAUGAAAUCACCGACCAUGUCAUUGGCCUUGACCUCAGUAGUAGCUGGUUGUAUGGCUCAAUCAGCUCCAAUAGCUCCCUCUUCAACCUUGUUCAUCUUCAAGGUCUUAACCUUGCGGACAACGACUUCAACCACUCUCGAAUCCUUUCCGAAUUUCGAUACCUUUCACAUCUGACCUACCCAAACCUCGCCUCAUCAGGAUUCCACGGCCACAAACCAUCAGAAAUCUCACAAUUAACAAGAUUGACUUCGCUUUAUCUGACUGGAGGCGUGGAUGGAAUCAACGGCCGAAGAUUGCUGGAGCUUAAAGUGCCUGGCCUGGAGAGGUUAGUUCAAAAUUUAACUCAUAUUCAGGAAAUCUAUCUUGAUAAUGUAGACAUAUCUUCUACUGUCCCCGACAACAUGGGACAGAUACCUGCUUCAAUAGGAAACCUUCAUUCACUAACUACGUUAGCUUUCGCUCUCGACAAUUUUGGAGGACCACUUCCUUCUUCACUUGGUAAUCUUACCAAUCUCUCCAUACUAGGACUCAUACAAAACCACUUCUUUGGCCAAAUCCCAUCUUCAUUUGCCAACCUUACAGAGCUUACCAAUUUGACAGUUUCAAAUAAUAAUAAUUUGACUUGUGGGUCAUUGUCUUGGCUUAGUGAGAAAACCAAACUCACUCUUUUGAGCGUUGGACAAUGCAGUAUAAAUGGGGAAAUCCCGCAUGUUAUAGAACCUUAG